UUUUAAUUUCCCUGCUCCGUUAACAAGCGGCCCGGCUAGAAAAAGCUCCUUCAACCCGGACUUAUUCCGUAGUGUUUCAUAUUCAUUCUUUUAUUCGUCUCUCUCUUCGUUUGGUUUUGCAUCCGAGCGGAGUGAAGCAUGUCCCGGCGACGACACAGCGACGACAGCGACGGGGGUCAGGCCCAUAAAAGGAGGAGAACGUCGGAGCCCAUCGAGAUCGAAGACCGUCUGGAGUCGCUGAUAUGUCGCGUGGGGGAGAAGAGUACAUCGUCGCUGGAGAGCAACCUGGAGGGCCUUGCGGGCGUCUUGGAGGCCGACCUUCCCAACUACAAAAACAAAAUCCUGCGCAUUUUAUGUUCCGUCGCCCGCCUCCUUCCCGAAAAACUGACCGUCUAUACGACUCUAGUCGGCCUCCUCAACGCCAGGAACUACAACUUCGGGGGCGAGUUCGUCGAGGCCAUGAUCCGACAACUCAAGGAGACGUUGAAAAACAACUUGUACAAUGAAGCCGUUUACUUGGUGCGUUUUCUGUCAGACUUGGUCAACUGCCACGUGAUUGCCGCUCCGUCGAUGGUGGCUAUGUUUGAAAAUUUUGUCAGUGUUACUCAAGAGGAAGACGUUCCACAGGUUCGGUCCGACUGGUUCGUGUACGUGGUUCUCUCCUGUCUGCCCUGGGUCGGCAAGGAGCUCUACGAGAAGAAGGACGUGGAGAUGGACCGACUGCUCAGUCAGGUCGAGGGAUACCUCAAGAGGAGACUGAAGACUCACGUCCCGAUGCUGCAGGUGUGGACGGCGGAGAAGCCUCACCCCCAAGAGGAGUACCUUGACUGCCUGUGGGCUCAGAUCCAGAAGCUGAAGAAGGACCGCUGGCAGGAGCGCCACGUCCUCCGUCCGUACAUUGCCUUCGACAGCGUGCUGUGCGAGGCCCUGCAACACAACCUGCCGCCCUUCACCCCGCCGGGCCACAUGCCAGACGCCCAGUACCCGAUGCCGCAGGUCGUCUUCCGCAUGUUUGACUACACAGACGCCCCCGAGGGGCCCGUGAUGCCCGGCAGUCAUUCUGUGGAGAGGUUCGUCAUCGAAGAGAACCUGCACUGUAUCAUCAAGACCCACUGGAGAGAGAGGAAAACAUGCGCCGCCCAGUUACUCAGUUAUCCGGGGAAGAAUAAGAUUCCACUCAACUAUCACAUCGUGGAGGUGAUCUUUGGGGAACUCUUCCAGCUGCCCUGUCCGCCUCACCUUGACGUCAUGUACACUACGCUGCUCAUUGAACUGUGCAAGCUGCAGCCGGGGUCACUGCCACAAGUCUUGGCUCAAGCCACAGAGAUGUUGUACAUGAGACUGGACACCAUGAACACCAUCUGCAUAGACAGACUAAUAAACUGGUUUUCUCAUCAUUUGAGCAACUUCCAGUUCCGGUGGAGCUGGGACGACUGGUCCGACUGCUUGGCCGUGGAUCUCGAUAAGCCCAAGCCCAAGUUUGUGAAAGAAGUCCUGGAGAAGUCGAUGAGACUCUCGUACCACCAGCGGAUGGUGGACAUCGUCCCCGCGACCUUCUCGGCCCUCGUCCCCGCCGAACCCAUCUUCAUCUACAAAUACGCCGACGAGAGCGCCUCCUCGUUACCGGGUUACCCCGUGUCCAUCACCGUCGGCAACGCCAUCAAGAACCGAGCGUCCAACGAAGAGAUCCUCACCAUCCUCAAAGACGUGCCCAACCCCAACCAGGAAGACGACGAUGACGAAGGCGAGAGUUUCAACCCGCUGAAGAUCGACGUGUUCCUGCAGACUCUUCUCCACCUGGCGGCCAAAUCCUUCAGCCACUCGUUCAGCGCCCUCGCCAAGUUCCACGAGAUCCUGAAGGCGCUGACCGACAGCGACGAGGGGAAGCUGCACAUGCUCAAAGUGGUUUAUGAGGCGUGGAGGAACCACCCACAGAUGAUCGCGGUGUUGGUGGACAAACUGAUCCGGACGCAGGUCGUGGACUGUGCCGCCGUGGCCAACUGGCUCUUCUCUCAGGACAUGGCUCACGAGUUCACCAGACUUUUCACCUGGGAGAUUUUGCACUCGACCAUCCGCAAGAUGAACAAACACGUGCAGAAGAUCCAGAAGGAGCUGGAGGAGGCCAAGGACAAGCUGGAGAAGCAGCAGCACAAGAAGAAGGACAGCGGCGACGACGAGGAGAUGGACAAGAACAGCGAGGACGAGGAGGGUCAGCUGGAGGAGCAGAUCGAGAGGCUGCAGGAGAAGGUGGAGUCGGCCCAGAGCGAACAGAAGAACCUCUUCCUCGUCAUCUUCCAGCGUUUCAUCAUGUUGUUGACGGAGCACCUGGUUCGCUGUGAGACCGGCAGCGUCGACGUCAGCACGCCCUGGUACAAGAACUGCAUCGACCGACUGCAGCAGAUCUUCCUCAUGCACCAUGUGACCAUCCACCAGUACAUGGGGACCCUGGAGAACCUGCUGUUCACGGCCGAGCUGGACCCCCACAUCCUGGCCGUGUACCAGCAGUUCUGCGCUCUGCAGCUCUGAAGACGACCGGACGGAACGCGCCGCUGUGCCGAACACGCACGUUAGAAACUUACAGCUCUUGCAUCAAGAAUCCUCCUCGUUAUCGUUGUAGUCUUUUUUUUUUUUUUUUUAACCUGUUUUGUGUUCAGCGUUUUGUGCAAGAGUCUGUUUGUCAUUAUCUCGCUGUAGUGAUUAUGUUUUUUGUUCCUUGCCACUUCCUGCUCGUGUUCCUGUGAACAGAGUCUUUUUAAAACCGUCUGCGUCCAGACGGAGCCGGAGAAGUGAUCACAGAGAGAGUUCAGGUCGGCUCUGAUUUGAUUAUGAAACUCGUGAGCGCUUUACUUUUUUAUAUUUCUGUUUUUUUUCUUCUGUUUUUUUUUUUUUGUGCAAUUGGGAAACGAUUAAACUCUGCAGACUCUUUAACCGCC